AAUCUUCAUAUUUGAUUAACAAAAUAAGAACAGCUUUUGGCAGUGAAAUUCCAAUUAUCUCUGUUCCACAAAAUCCUAUAACGGCAGUGCUUCGCGGAGCUGUAAUAUACGGACUGAAUAAGGAA